AUGCCGCCGCGGGAGCUGAGCGAGGCCGAGCCGCCCCCUCUCCGGGCCCCGACCCCCCCUCCGCGGCGGCGUAGCGCGCCCCCGGAGCUGGGCAUCAAGUGCGUGCUGGUGGGCGACGGCGCGGUGGGCAAGAGCAGCCUCAUUGUCAGCUACACCUGCAAUGGGUACCCCGCGCGCUACCGACCUACGGCGCUGGACACCUUCUCUGUGCAAGUCCUGGUGGAUGGCGCCCCGGUGCGCAUAGAGCUCUGGGACACAGCGGGACAGGAGGACUUCGACCGGCUGCGCUCCCUCUGCUACCCGGACACCGACGUCUUCCUGGCGUGUUUCAGCGUGGUGCAGCCCAGCUCCUUCCAGAACAUCACAGAGAAAUGGCUGCCCGAGAUCCGCACCCACAACCCGCAGGCGCCGGUGCUGCUGGUGGGCACCCAGGCCGACCUGAGGGACGAUGUCAAUGUACUGAUUGAGCUGGACCAAGGCGGCCGGGAGGGCCCGGUUCCGCAGCCACAGGCCCAGGGUCUGGCGGAAAAGAUCCGGGCCUGCUGCUACCUUGAGUGCUCGGCCUUGACGCAGAAGAACCUGAAGGAGGUGUUCGACUCGGCCAUUCUGAGCGCCAUUGAGCACAAGGCCCGGCUGGAGAAGAAGCUCAACGCCAAAGGUGUGCGCACCCUGUCCCGCUGCCGCUGGAAGAAGUUCUUCUGCUUUGUUUGAGAAGCGGCGGUCAACGGAUGGGGUGGGGGCCAGAGACUCCUGCAACUUGGGGCGUGGGGCCUCGUGGGGCCUGGCCACCCCCCCGGGGGCUCAGUUCCCCUGUGAGCACUGUGGGGACAUGGGCCUCUAACUGCCCAUUCUGAUAAGCCAAGGGGAGCCCAGGGCCCGGAGCAGGGAAGGCUCCGGUUUGGAUUUCUUUGGUCAAGGCUCAUGGAGCAAAAUCUAGCACUUUGAUUUCUGAAGGUCAUCCCAACAGUGUCCGUCGCCCCUGAGCCAUUUGGGACCCAGUUCCCAGUUUUGUGUCAUGGGCCCGCAGGUCAGCCUUCUUGGCCCAUGGGCAGCAGGAGUCCCGGCAGGCUGGAAGGUGGCCAGCCGUGGCCAGCCGUGGCCGGGAGACAGGCAGGGAUGGCAUGGGUAAGGCGGAGGCCAGUGAGAGGUUGAGAGAGGGAGCAGCAGGUGAAGCCUGGGAGCGUGGGACUGGAGGCUCCGCCGAGGGCUGGGCUCAGGAAGAGGAAGGCGAGGAGCAGAGCAGGGGAGCGGGGAGCUGCUGACACCCGUGCUGCCCUCAGCCCGCAAGGCCAGGGAGGGCGGGGCUGGGCCCUGGGAAGCACUGGGUCUCGGGCUCCCCAGGCACUGCCCGAACUGGCUGGGCCAGGAGCGGGGCAGGAAGUGAGAGUCAAGGCCCAGCGAAGGGAGGGGGAGGAGCUGCCAAUUAGAGCCUGAAGGAGGAAGGGGUUGGGGUCAUCCCUUUCCCUAAGGUCACAGCCUAGGAGGUAGAGCCGUGCAGAGGAUGCAAAUAAAACCUUAAGUUUCUGAAGCUGCUGUCUCUCGUUUCCUGGAUUGCUGGACUGUUCGCUCCCUCAUGU